CCGUGUAGGGCGCAUGGUUCUUUGUAUCUUCAGUCUCGGUCCCAGCUGUCUUUUGCUUCAUCCCAUCUCGGAGAACUGGCCGUACGUAAGACCGUCAUUUCCGAUUCCGCCGCAGUGAAACGAGCAAAUCGGCGUAGAAGAUCAUCCUUGUCUGGAACGAGUCGUCCGAUCGGUCGGUCGGUCGGUCAGUGUCGAUGCAGCUUUCGAAUCGAAUGGUUGGUGAAGAUUUUAGCUCCGGCUCACGAAGUGUGGUAGAAUCUUUCGCGAUCUCUGGAAUGUACUACUCAAAGUGCUCUUAAGCUAUCGAUCAUCUACGUUGACAUCAAGUGCAAGGAUUAGGUUAAAUGGACUCGUAACUCGGAACAUAAUCGUAGAUUGCGAACGCAGAGCGCUGCUUGAUUGAUGUGAUUAGAGUGUGUGUGCUGCCGAUUUUUUUUCGGUCGGUCAAAAUCGUGCGCGAUCUCCGAACCCCCCUUGCGAAAAAUAAACAUUUCCAUCUUUAGAAAGCGAAGAUUUGCUGCGAAGUUUUGGACAGUUUCAGAACUACUAUUAGUAGAGUAGGUGGCUGGUGCUAAUUGAUAGGACGAAAUGAUGAAGCCAUCAAUGGUCAAUAUGAGUGAGUGAAUAAACCCCCAUUCUGAGUGACAGUCGGUUGCCCCCGGUGUAGUUGAACUCCGGCGACUCUUCCAGGACAAGACGUGCAUUGGAAAAGAAGAUGUGCGAGAAGUCGAAAAUCAAAUAAAUAAAUUUAUUAUCAAAUCAGGUCAACUUGUAUUAAAAAGCAAUAUUGCCGAGUGUGAGCAUUGAAUGCGGUUUUAGUGCGUGUGUAGUCGACAGAAGAGAAAAAGAGCAGAGACCCGCGUGAGGCUGAUGCGCUUCGUGGCCGUUGGUGUGCCGGCAAGAAGACGCGUGAAUAAAAAUAAUAACAGAAAAAAGAACUUUCAAUCAAAAUACGUUCGACGACUUCGGUGCGGUGCAGUUUUGCCACUUUGCGGAACGCCGUUUGUCGAAGAAAGAAAUCGCUUGGUCGGCUUAAGUAGAUAGUGGCGGUGCUAAUCAUAGUAAUACAAUACUGCGGCUAGCGGCUGUUAAUCAUCGGGCGGGCGAAAAAGCGCGCAUGUGGUGUGAGUGUUUGGGCAUUUUACAUACGUAAGUUAGGUUUGCUAAUAGUGAUAAUAAGUGCACUGUUUCGAACCGGUUCUCGGCCUGGAGAGUAAAAAAAUUUUACCACAACAGUACUCUCCGUACUACUGAGUGCUGCUUACUGGUGGUGCACUGGUAGUCUCUCCGAUAGUGGGCAAUAAAUCAAACCGAAACUGUCAGAAGGAAUUAGAUUUCCGAGCCGCCUUCAAUAGGAACAGCGUGCCGGUCUCGACUGAAGAAUCACCGGACAUCAGCCGGGCACUGUCAAGUGGUUUGUAGGUUACCGUAGGAAUUGUCAAUUGAACACAAUCUUGAUAGGUGUCUCCCGGAACGGCAAAGUGAUCAAGAUGAAACUGGCGGUGGCCUGCCUGAUAGUGCUGGUGCUGCGCGGUUCGCUGGCUAUUCCGCCCAAGUCGGAACCUACGAUCUCGGAAUGCACGGCCAAAGGUGGUGAAUGUGACGAGAGCAAGGGGCGCCCGGUAUGCGGCACCGACAACCAAACUUAUCCGACCCGGUGUCACCUGAUUAGAGCGCAGUGCAGUGGUCAUCAAGUCAGCCUGAAGCAUCGUGGCACCUGCAAAGAUGUAUGCCUCGCGUCCAGAACCUAUGCCCUGCAGCAUCGAUCCAGUUCGGCAUAUGCGGUCAAGUUCGUACCCCGGUGUCGGGAGGACGGGACCUACGCACCAGUUCAAUGCCUGGAUAGUGUCGGAUGUUGGUGUGUCAAUAGCCAAGGCAAACGACUACCGAACACGACGGUCCAGCACGGUAAACCGGUUUGCGUAAAGAAGGGCAAAUCAAAUCAACGCCGGUCUUCACCGAGAAAUCCGGUUAGAAACAAACGAAGUUGUUCCCGCAUGGACCGUGCCGUGUUCAACCGCAAUCUACAAAAGUUGUUCGAGAACGAACAUAUUCGGGUGCAGCAAAGUGUAAGAAGUGCUACCGGAUUACUGGGGGUCUCCGGUACCGUUAGUGAAAAGACCGUACUGGAGUGGAAGUUUGCGUCGAUGGAUGGAAACAAGAACGGGAUGCUGGACAAAAAUGAAUACCGGGAGUUGAAACGAUUGAUUAAGAAAGUUGUCAAACCGAAACGCUGUGGCCGUUCGUUCGGUAAAAGCUGCGAUGCCGAUCAGGACGAGCGGCUGUCUCGGCUGGAGUGGUCCAACUGUUUCUCGAAAGAUAACCUAACACCCGAAAUGGAAAACUAUCCGUCGCCAUUAUCAUCAUCAUCAUCUUCUACUUCCGGUGGUACUACUUCUGGUGGACUGUAUGCCACUGCUGCCCAUCACCAUCAUCAUCAGCACCAUUCGGGUGCGGUCAUCGGCGGUGGCGGUGGCGGUGGUGGUGGUGGUGGUUUUGGUGGCACCUUGAUCGGUGUCGGUGUCGGUGGUUCCUCACAUUCUUCCUCUAGCUCUAGCACCCAUCACCAUAGCUUUCUUCGAUACGAUGAGUCACAGCAGAAUGGCUCCAACCAAGAUUACAAUGAUUUUGACGAUGAAGAUGAUUACUCAGAAAAUGACGACGAUUCGGACGAACUGCCCGAUAGUGAUAACACGCUACUAAACGGACUGCACUUUAGCAUUGCCGGCAAGCGGCUGCAGCCCAACCUGUUGCUGCAGGGCAAAACGACACUGGAACUGAAAGGUGAACAGGAUCCCAUCUUCAAGGACAGCGAAGCCGAAUCGGACUGCUUGAGUGAUCGAGCGGCUGCUUUGGAAGAACAACGGGGUGGAGCAACGGCUUUGUACGUUCCGGAGUGCACCGCCGAUGGACGUUAUCAGCGAGUGCAGUGCUACCGAUCCACCGGAUACUGUUGGUGUGUUCACGAGGACACCGGGAAAAACAUUCCCGGAACAUCGACAAAGGAUAAGCGACCGCAGUGCGAUGUCUAUCCGGGUGUUGGCGGUCGACAAAUGCGGGGCUGUCCCGAUGAUAAGAAGCUGGAGUUUUUGAAGGAUCUGAAAGAUUUUUUGAAGCAACAGAUUGCCAGCAACUCGGUCACGGCAGCUGACAACACGAAAUGGGGUACCGAAGAUGAAAAGAUAGCCACGCUCAGUUUUGUUUUGCUGGAUAAAAACAAAAACAAGGUAUGGGAAAGAAAGGAAUGGAAAACUUUCCGAGAACUGGUGACGGCAGCCAGACAAUUGCGCAAAUGCGGUAAAAAAAUGCCCCGCUACUGUGACAUCAACAACGAUCGUAAAAUCACCCUGUCGGAGUGGCUGAACUGCCUACAGACCCAGCGGACGCCGUACGUCAUGGACAGCAGCAUGUCGAAGGUAUCGUCCACAUCGUCAUCGUUCAGUCCUGUUUUGUCCGAUGGAUGGAAAGCGCCCCUUUCCGCCUCGUCGACGUCGAAAUUUCGCGGUCCCAAUCCGUUGGAGUCGGUUCUGAAAAGUGAUUGAAAACCCAUUCACCCCCGCUCUUUGAGAAGCAAUUAACCGAAUGAGACUUAAAAACUCUGUCGAGAGCAAUACUACGAAGUAGGUGCGGUCCAGGUGAUGCACUUUCUGCUUCUUAUCCGAAAUCGAAAUAUUCUAACCACGAGAAGGGCAUAAAAGCAAGUAAUUCAGAUGAUUAAUCUCUCUCUCUCUCUCUUUGCUAUGAGAUAUAGUGCCAUGUUUUACAGCAAUAGGAGCUUACGAAGGAAAGGAAAAAUUUUCUCCUCUGUAUGUGUGUGUGUGUGUUUUUGAGAGUAAAAACACAAUUGAACGAAAUCGAACGAAUCGUGUAAUCCUACUACCGGUGUACCAGUGAUAUUUUCGCACUUUAUAUCGCAAAAUCUUCAUACGAGAAUUGCGUAUAUUUAUUUUUAUGCUAACACAAGUUCAUUCGAUCAGGUGGUCUAUGGGAGAGGACAAUGUAAUUCGGAUUGUUUAAAUAGUAUUUAACGUUAUGGUACGCAAAAUGUUGAUGAAAGAUUUCAGAACAAAGAAGAAGGUAAAAUCGUUAUACACAAAAUCAGUAUUAGAAGUUUGUCCGUUUUUUUUAUUGACUCAUAAACAGCAAGGAAACAAGGAAACAGUUCAAUCCGAGCGAGAAAGUUUUGACGAUUUACUGUUAUACAAGCAGAGAAGCAGUGAAGGUACGAUUAGAAUGCUGUAAGGAACUAAAACUGCGUGUGAUAUAUGUUAUUUAAUUUACAAUGUACGUUAUAAAUUUAAACUAUAUUGUACAACCGAAAACCCAGUUGGUCGUUGUGAGUUGGCAUCCUCUAUAUAUUCGGUGUGCUGAGCAAAAAAGAAAACUCUAGUUUUGCCAGAGCAACUACGAUACUAUACUAGUAAGAGUGUGUAAUUAAAAGUCACUCGCUGUCUGCUUACUAUUUAUAUGAUGACUACAACUGAAAACAAAACAAAAAAAACGAGUAAUAAGCCAUGUAAACCAGUUCCUUCACUCCGCUGAUAGCGUUGUGAGAGAAACGUUUUAAUCGGUAGGCCCGUGUUACAUUUAGGCAUGCUAAUUAAAUAUUUUAAAUUAACAUUGGUUA